AUGUUGGUGAUGGCAAAGGAAUCUCGUGUUGACCGUAAGUUACCUCUCUUUGUUUUAUUCAUGUUGGUCAUGUCAAAGAGAUCUCGUGGUGACCUUAAGAGACUAUUCUAUAUGAUACAAGUGGUGUUUACCUUCUUUUGUUUUAUUCAUGUUGGCAAUGCAACUACUUUAUCUGUUAAACUUGGUGGUUACCUCUUUUUGUUUUUAUUCAUGUUGGUGAUGUCAAGGGGAUCUCGUGUUGACCUUAAGAGACUAUUCUAUCUGCUAAACUUGGUGUUUACCUCCUUUUGUUUUAUUCAUGUUGGUGAUGUCAAGGGGAUCUCCAACUAUUCUAUCCGUUAA